GCCUGUUGUAAAACAUUGGCUGAGUCAUGGCGGACCAAGCAAUUAUCAAACAAGUUUGCAUCAUUCCUAGCUCUUUACAUUAAGCCACGUAUGCUUUCACUUUUAUUAUAAAUACARAGCAAUUUUCAACGUUCCAAGUUAGUUUAUUCAGCAAUCCUGCCGARAAUUGUGGCUUGCAAUCAAGUACAGUAGCACUUCAAACAUUUUGAAAUGCGUCAAAGGCGAAAUCGUGGCGGAAGUUUGGGUUUAUUUCUUCUUUUUGCCCAACUUUAUAACUUUGGAUUCAAUCGUAUUCCACCAGUGACUUUAUCAUUUAUUGCUGGUAACGUUGCAGUGUAUCUAAGGUUACUUAAACGUAUUCCAAGAUUAGGACAAGCCUGUGUUAGUGCCCACUAUGUUUGGUAUAACGGCGACUGGCUUCGACUUGUUCUUUCAUCAUUCUACCAUCUAGAUGACUGGCACCURUACUACAACAUGGCCUCGUUUUUAUGGAAAGGAAAGUCUCUUGAAACAAGUAUGGGAAGCAAGAGGUUCUUUUUAGUGCUGAGUGCMUUCAGUGUUCURACAAGUUCUGUUCUGGUUGGGCUUGAUAUGGCGUUAGCACAUUUUCUAGARGAUCCAUCGUACAUUUACUCCUGCGCUGCUGGGUUUUCUGGUGUCAUAUUUGCUCUAAAGGUUCUWACUACUUAUGAACUGCCACAUGGGGUUUCCAUGGUGAUGGGGAUAUUCCCUGUACCAAUGAGGUAUGCAUGUUGGGCAGAGUUGGUCCUCAUUCAACUGAUUGUUCCCAAUGCMUCAUUCACUGGUCAUUUGGCUGGUAUACUUGUUGGWSUUAUGUARGUCAAGGGACCUUUGAAAUCAAUCUUGAAUGGCAUAGGGAAUAUAGCUUUUGGUAGCCGAGGAGCUAGAAGAUCUGCUGGUCCCUCUUAUACCUACCAUGCCUCGGCAACUGGCUCAAGAUACACUUCUCAACAGACUCAAAGACAAAAUGACGAUGAUGAAGAACUUCAAGCUGCAAUCAGAGCAAGUCUUCAAGAAACUCAUCAUUACCCACCUCCUCAACAAAACCCUCCAUACCCCCAUCACAAUAAUURACCAUAUCCUAGUCAUAAUGGUGAAAAUGAUCCUGUAUUCCAGUCUGCAAUAGCUGAGAGCCUAAGAAGACAAAACSCAAGGCCUUCUGCCUCACCUGGAGAAAACUUUGAACCUCCUCCAUCAUACACUGAAGCUACAAGUGAAAGACUUUACCCUAGCAUACCAAGGGGUGCUGAAAGUUCCAUACCUAGUGCCCCCCCUCCAUAUAAUACCCCUGUUAAUCCACCAUARCCUCUACAUAACUCUAUGCCAACUCCUGAGGACAUGAGGCAAAGAAGGCUUAGACGUUUCCAYCCUCUUUAAAGUAAAAUCUUUAUAAGAACAGAUAGUUUUUCCAAGCAAAAAGUAAGAGCUGAUCAGUGGACGAUAUCUGGUCAAAUUUUCAUCUUCUACAAUCUUUGCAUGGUCAUCUACUGUUAUUUAUUUGGUCAUUUAUGACUUCUGUGAUCUCAGUUUGUAGCUUUAGAUAAUUAGCUUUACAGUGUAUAUAGAGCGGAUUUCGUAUGACUGGGACACCGUUACCGCACGGUUACCGCACAGUUACCGCACCUGGCCUGCAGAAUUUUGGUGAAACAAUGGGGCACUA